GCGGCUGACGACCUGAAAACUUCAAAAACAUUUUAUUGGUAGACGAACAAGUUGCGCCUGCGCCCUGAACCUACGGGUUUUUUUUUUUUUUUUCAGCAGGAGGUAUGUUGCUCCGCUUGAAAAUCAGCAGCUGCUGCAAAGAGCAGAGGCGCAGUCAAAGUGGAUUAUCACAGCGAUUCACAUAGCCAAGACAAACCGACACAAGUCCGGGAGUGUGGGUCGUUCAGGGGCUGAAACCGGGUAAUGUGCAGUUAUCGUUUGAUGGUGGAAGACGCUUUCUCCCAUGAAUUUUGGAUGAUCUCCCACAGCCAGGUCCACGUAUUGAGAUGAUCUAUUUUUGUGAUGGCGAAGGGUCUGUUUCCACGGGCCUGGGUGAAAAAGUCUUUCUAUUUCCAGGCUCGAAUCUCCUUUGUUCGGGUGAAGUACCUGUUCCUUACAUGGCUGACCGUUCUGGUGGGGAGCUGGGUGCUCUACGUGCAAUACUCCGCCUACACAGAGCUGUGCAGGGGACACGAGUGCAAGAACGCCAUUUGUGAUAAAUACAGGAGGGGAAUCAUUGAUGGCUCGGCCUGCAGCAGUCUGUGUGACAAAGAAACACUCUAUAUGGGCAGGUGUCUGUCGAUACUACCAAACAACCAGGUAUACACAGGAAGCUGGGGAGACCAUGACGGGAUCGUCCGCUGUAAGUUGGGGGAGGUUGUGCACUACGAGCUGGGCGAGGAACCGGAGCUUCGGAGAGAGGCCCCUGUUUUCGACAAGCCCACCAGAGGCACAUCAGUGGAGAAGUUCAGAGAAAUGGUCUUCAAUCAUCUCAAGUCUAAGCUUGGAGAGCAGGCCAACCUCGCCAGCCUCGUUGGCCAGAUCCUGUCUGUCGCUGAUGGCAACAGAGAUGGACGAGUGUCGCUGCCAGAAGCCCGCUCUACGUGGGCCCUCCUGCAGAUGGACGAGGUGCUGCUGGGCCUGCUGCUCCAGGAUCGUGGACACACUCCUCGUCUCCUCGGCUACUGCGGGGACCUGUACAUGACGGAGCGAGUCCCCUACGGGCCCCUGUAUGGUUUGUCUCUUCCCUGGCCGCUGGUGUCCUGGGUGCCAAGCAGUUUGCAGCGCACUAUGGACCAGUGGUUCACUCCUUCUUGGCCUCGCAAAGCGAAGAUCUCCAUGGGUCUGCUGGAGCUGGUGGAGGACAUCUUCCACGGCACCUACGGCAGCUUUCUCAUCUGCGACCUCGCCGCGGCACACUUCGGUUACACUGACCGCCAUGAGCUCCGUCUUACCAACACCCGAGCGGUUGUUCCUGAAGACGAGUUCAGGCGCACCAUGCGAGUACUGAAGUGUGAAACUGAUGCUGACUGCGUGUAUGGCGUGGACUGUCGGACGUCAUGUGACUUGUCAGAGAAACGGUGCAGGGAGGAGCCGGUCCAGCCAAACUUGGCAAAAGCGUGCGGUGCACUGAAGGACUACCUCCUGCGCGGGGCGCCGUCAGCGAUGAGGGAGGAACUGGAGAGGCAGCUGUACGCCUGCAUGGCUCUGAAGGGUAAUGCUGGACAGAUGAACAUGGAGCACUCACUUAUCCUCAACAACCUGAAAGCUCUUCUAUGGAAACAGAUCUCACACACCAAGGACUCAUGACAAGGAGAAGAAACCUUUCUGAAAUCAUGCCAGUGAGUUUCUCAAAUAGAGCUGAGUAUUAAAGAUGCUGUGAUUUAGGAGUAGCAAAUUUAAAGAAGUUAUUUUUAUCAACUCUUAACACUUAUGAAUGAACUGACUGAUGGAGACUCUACCUCCUCUAUUAGUACCAGUUUAAGAAGUUCGGGGACCUGGAAAACACAUCAGAGUACGUUGAAAUAUAAGACUAAAAAAAAACGGAAUGAUUGCAUGUUUCCAUCAGUCACACUUGAAAAAAUUCACACAGCCACAUUUCAUUUCAUUGUAUUGUAUUGUUCACCAACGUGGAAUGUUUCAGGGGCACCGCAGACUUAUUUUGCUGUUGUUAAGAGCCGAGACACAAAAAUGCUGUUUUUGCCACAAAAUCAUGCUGAUAUAGGCGGUCUAAGAUGGUUCAUCACAGAGGAGUUUAUUCCACUUAGGAGAACAAGGAUUACAAAAUCAGAGUGACUGUUACGGAAAAGCUCCAGUUUGAAGUUUAAUGAAAUUGCACUAUAUUGAGAUAUCCUCCUUUUAUUUUUUCUAGAUUUGGCAAAGUGGGAUUGAUCCACUGUUGGUUUUGGUCUUUUCGGAUUGAUUAUUUGACAAUAAGAAAACACUUAGGACAUCACAGGAUUUAACCUUGAACAAACACAGAUCGGUGACAAAGGAAAAUUUUGAACAAAUUCGUGGAAGAAUUUAACAAACAGUGAUGCCUCUGUGAAAGAUCCAGUGCCGCCGAGCCCUGAGGCUGUUUUGGAGAUUCAUGGCAUCUUUUCCUGUAACUGUCACUCAUGUAUAUAAUGAAGGUGGGGCAGUUCAUUAGCUUCAAAUUGGACAAUGCGAUGGAAUUUGUCUGUUGCUAUCACACAGGCUUCAUAGAGUGUAUCAGUGUAAUUCACUAUGCUGUGAGUUUUCCACCUGUAAACCCACGUGGCAUCAUCAACGCUGCAUUAACGACACGAAGAGAAAAUACUAAUGUAUUUCAUUUGGAUUGUGAAUGUUCUCUACUUGUAUUUCUCACUGAAAAGAGCAUCUGUGGUAACGUACUGUAUCACAUUAUUUUUGGAUUUCUUCUCUCACAGUGCCAGAGAUCAUGCUGAGAUCAUUUUGUGAAUGUUUACCGCCGGUGAAGGCGGAGAUCUUUAACCUUGUGGUCACGUUUGAAUGCUGUAUAAAAGAAUAUUUUCCAUGAUCCCUUUCAACAUUGCCAGUGUGAUGUAACUGUGACCAAGUUGACCAGCGUAACUUGUUAAACCACUUUAAAUGCAUUUCAGAGCAGACAUGACCUGUAAAGCAUAUCAAGCUCGUGGUCAAUGCUGUUGUGAGUUUUGAAAAAUGUACAAAAAAAUGUUUACUUAUUGAAGAAACCAGCAUGAUUUUGCACAAUUAAACUACAUACCACUU